AUGUUUCCUGCAAUCUGUGAAAGUAUCUCAGCUGCAGGAGAUUGGCAGAGUGUCCUGACCAGCGUUAGUGCAAUUCCUGAUGAGCAGCGAAGGAGUUUCUCGUGGAUUUGGCCAACAGAGUCAUGUCUAGAGGAUCUCCGGGAGUGUUUUAGAGCUCAUGGGAUUCACAAUGUUCUCAGUAUUGGCUGUGGGUCAGGACUUCUUGAGUGGAUCCUCCAGGAAAGUUGUGCCCUAAAAGUGAGUGGCAUUGAAUUGGAUAAAUCCUGGUGGACAUCUGCCUAUGCUCCUGCCACAUUCAUCCCCCUCAGCUUCACCGGGUCGAGCCUAGAUGAGGAUUUCUUGCAACACUGUGCACCAGGUGAGCCUUUUAUCCUUCUUUUCUGCUACUUCAACAACGGCGGAGCCUUCUGGGACUACCUGAGGCGCUUCCAGGGGGAUUUUGUAAUGAUUGCCGGACCCAGAGAUGGUGCUGAUGCCAUCAAGAAACAGCCGGAUGCUGAAAAGGAAGUUCCUUAG